GUGCGCAGACGGAGCCUGGUGAUGUCUGCACGGGAGUGCUUCUCCUUCAACUAGACCUGUCCCUCAUUUCUGUCCCUUUGCAGGACAACUCCCUAGAGCUGGGCUGGUGAAGUCAGAGAGAGGGUGGGGGUUUAGAGCAGUCCUGCUCCUUGAGACCCUGGGCCAAUACUCCUCUGACAACCUUGCUGGGAGGAGACCACGGAGGUUUUAGGGUGCCGUGCUAUCUUUACUGAGCAGGAGGGUGCCUCUGGGUCUCUUCUCUGUCCCAGGUUUACCUUCUAGAGGCUGACACAGCUCUCUCGCCAGAGGAAACGGCCAUGGAGGGAGUUGGCCAGCCUGCAAAGAUGAAAUGCCUUGAAGGCCCCCACUUAAAACAAGGCCCAGCCAAGUCCUGUGUUUCCUUGGCUCCAGAGAAGGAGCUGGUGUCUGCCUCCCAACUGGAGGAAGAGGAAGAAAAUGAGGAGGGGGAGGAGGAUCUGGAUCCAGAUCCAGAUUUAGCCCCAGACCCGGAAGAAGAGGAGGAGGAGGAGGAGGAUGAGAAAGAUCUUGGGGAUCCAGCCGUGCUCAGUGCUGUCCAUAACACCCAGAGAGGUGGUCUCAGUUCCCCUGGAAUCAAGAUCCCUGAUGUGCUGGGGAUGUCACCUACCUCCUUGCACUUUCUGUGGCAGACCCUGGACUACCUGUCGCCAGUUCUUUUCCGGCCUAAGUUUCCCAGCGCCAACUCUCCAGCGUGCCAUUUUGGACAUCAACUGCUCUUGCCAGACCCAUCUCUCUUCUGCAGCCUGCCGACCUCAUGGCCCCCUAAGUUCAGUCUUCCCAGUCAUCUGACCCAGCUUCACCCUCAGCACCAACGGCUCCUGCAGCUGCAGCAGCAUAGUCGAAUGCAAAGUCCCCCAGCCAAGAAGCCUUGGUCUCAGCAACCAGACCCCUAUGCUAACCUCAUGACCCGAAAAGAGAAGGACUGGGUGAUAAAAGUGCAGAUGGUUCAGCUGCAGAGUGAGAACCCCCGCCUGGAUGAUUAUUACUACCAGAAGUAUUAUCAGAAACUAGAGAAGAAGCAGGCAGAUGACGAGCUACUUGGGAGAAAGAACAAGGUUGAGUCCCUCAAGCUGGUAACGCCUUACAUUCAGAAGGCAGAGGCUUACGAGUCAGUGGUUCGAAUUGAGGGUUCCCUGGGCCAGGUAGCUGUAUCAACGUGUUUCAGCCCUCGCCGAGCUAUUGAUGCUGUACCCCAUGGAACUCAAGAGCAGGAGGCAGGAGCUGCAAGCAGUCAGAAGCUUCAGGUGUUGCACCACAUUGAGAAGAUGUUCCUUCAGUUACUAGAGAUAGAGGAAGGCCAGAAGGAUGGGCCUCCAGAACCCUGCUACUCUGAGCAGCAGAGCAACCAGGUGGAGAAGCUCUUCCUGGCCUUAAAGACCCAGGAGCAGAAUAAUCUGGAGGAGGCAGCAGAUGGCUUCCUGCAGGUGCUCUCUGUGAGGAAGGGGAAAGCCCUAGUGGCCCGGAUGCUCCCCUUCCUGCCCCAGAAUCAAGCUGUUAGCCUUCUUCUGGCUAUCACCCACCAUCUGCCCCUUCUGGUCAGGAGGGAUGUGGCUGAUCAGGCCCUACCAAUGUUGUUCAAACCUCUGGACAGAUGUAUCAGUCACUUGACCUUCCAUGAACUCCUCCAAGGACUUCAGGGACUAACACUGCUAGCACCUGGCUCCUCAGAGCGGCCAGUCACUGUGGUGCUUCAGAAUCAGUUUGGAAUAUCUUUGCUCUAUGCCCUGCUAAGUCAUGGGGAGCAGCUGGUAUCCCUGGAUUCUUCUCUAGAGAAAUCCAACAGUGACUAUACCACCUGGACAGACAUGGUGGUUCUGAUUGCCUGGGAGAUAGCCCAAAUGCCUACAGCCUCUCUGGCAGAACCCCUAACCUUUCCCAGCAACCUUCUUCCCCUGUUCUGUCACCACGUGGAUAAACAAUUGGUACAGCAGUUGGAGGCUAGGAUGGAGUAAGUGAUGGCAGAAAUGAGGUCAUAGCCCUUUGUUCAAGCCCAGUCUAGGUUCUGUCACUUACCUCUCUACUUCUUUUAAACUAUGAGUAUGGAGGAUACCAUGCUUUUAGAACUUCUAGACACUGUGGCGUUUACUGAGUAAGUAGUCCGUUCCAAGUUAGGACCCUGUGGCCUGUUUCUUCAGCCAAAACUUUUAAUUUAUUCCCAGGUGCUUUGGUCAUUUAUCAUGCUAAGCUAUUUGAAGGAAGAAUUAGAGAAGCUGAAUUGUUCAUUCAAGAAAUAGGAGGGACAACUAUUCCAAAAUAUAAGCGUGAACAUGGAGGUCAUCUCUGUUCUCAGAAUUUACCAUCUGCUAUAAAGAGUCAGAUACUAGUCAAAUCACACAAAUACUUUACAAAAUGGAUUUGUGUUUGCAGCUAACAUCUGUUUUCUUUGUAGGCUUGCCUGGAUCUACUGAUCAUUGUUCUAGAAUAUGUACAUGUGGGAAAAGUUUAAUCAGAUCCUAGCUGUAUGGGCUAUGUCUACAGGGAUCCAGACAGUCUGAAGACAUUUAUUAUGCCUUGAUAUAUUGGAAGACCC